AAAUUCGUGGAAAUUACGCACGGGUGUUGUUUUUCCGUAGCUCAAUAGUACUAUUUGUUUAUUUUUUUCGGUUCUCACAUAAAUGCAGCACAUAUUGCAAUUGCAAUUUAAUAUUAAUUAGUGUAAAUUGUGUUCAAUUUUGAUAUGCAUAUGGCAAAUGCAGUUUAUUAGAUUUUAAGAUGGAUAUCGUCCAGAUGCAAUCAGCAGCAGCGCAGCGCAGCAGCAGUUACAUUGGCAGCAGCAGCAGCAGCAACAACAAUAAGAAUAAGUACAGCGACCAAAAAGGCUGACUGACUGACUGACUACACCCAAAAAGAAAAGAAUUGAUGAAAAAAGUAAAAGAAGUAAAGAGGAAACAAUUGCAGGCGCGACAGGAAAAAUGAAGUAAAAGCUACGGCACUUCCAGUUGCAGUUGUAUUGGAGUACAUAUUAAGCAACGCACACAUAUUGAAAACCUACAUACAUACAUACAAAGCAAACGUAGAAACGCAGCACAUACAAAGAGACAUUUGCAUGCAUGUGUGUGUGGGUGUAGCAGCAGCAGCAGCACAAGCAGCGCAGCAGCAACAGCAGCAGCCCAUAGCUCCAGCCGCUAAAGUUCGUGUUCGGCAGUGUUCGGCAGUCGUCGUUCGUCGUUUGGUCGUUCGUUAGUUCGUUUGUUUCGCACGCUCGCAUUGAAUCGUCGUCGCUGUCGUGUGUCGUCGUCGUCGUAGUCGUCGCCGCUGUUGUUGUUGUCGUUCUUGUUGGAGUAACAGCAGCAUUCGCCUACGCAGCGCGCAGGCUAAAGGAAGCGGGUUUAUAAGACAUGCAUGGGCAUGCACAAAAAAGUACGUCGACAACGAGAGACGUCAAAACACGAAAUGCGAGAAAUGCAAAUUUAACACAAAUUGAAAGAAAUACUACAAAAGUGCAACGCGACAUCACAAUUCUCUCCCCCCACUCCAUUUGAAAUUCAAAACGCAGUCGCAAAAUUUAUGCCAAAAACUUUUUGUUGUUUUUUUUUGUGUUGUCUACAACGCAACUGAUCAACAACUGUGCGAGCGGGAGAGGCAGCAGGAACAGCACAGCGCAGGAAAAGAGAGUGACAGAGAAAGAGAGCAAGGAGAGAGCGAAGAGAGAGCAUUCGAAUCAGAUCACGUCCAUUUUAGCUACAGAGUUGCAGUUCCUUUGUUGUUGGAUUUCGUUAUAAUACCUCCCAAUUGCUCCUCGUAAUAUGGAUUGUGGUGCUCUUGCCGCGCAGCAGCAGCAACAACAACAACAACAACUAUUACAACAACACCAGCAGCUACUACAACAGCAGCAGCAACUCCAGCACUCCCGACAACAAAAGCAACAACAUACGCUCAAUUGCCUUGAGGAAACAGCAACAACAAAUAUUAGCCAUCUAGCCAGCCAGGGGAUCAUCGUUGGCGGCGCUGCCAGCGAAGGAUCGGAGACGACAGCAGGAAUCGGAGCAGGAGUCGGAGUCGGAGCAGGAGCAGGAGCUGGUGGGAGUCCACAGCACAAGUUGCUGGGCAUUGGGGAGCCAAGUUUAAGCGGCGCUGGCGCCGUCAAACUGCGCAAGCACAACGACCAACGGCAGACGUCGUCAACGUCAAAGUCAACGACAACGACAACGACAGCAACAACAUCGACGCCGGACGUUGCCGUUGGGGCCAAAUCGCACGCCUCCUAUCGCAUCUCCAUGGCCAAUCUGGAGGAUACACAAGAGUCCGAACUGGAUCUAAUACUCGGCGAGCUGAGCUUGCUCGAGGCACAGAUCACCUAUGGCGAGGCCAGUUUUCUGCCCGGCGUUGUGGCAGCCGCCGCAGCCGCUGCAGCUUCAGCUAAUCAACAGUCUGGGGGUCCUCCUCCCCCUCCGGCACUGGCAUCCGUCUCGGUGUCGGCGGCAUCGUCGCGCACACACUCACGCACAAACAGCAGCAUCUCGGCGGAUGUGAGCACCGCAUCCUCAUCGUCGGGCAUCUCCGAGAAUGGCAACGGAAUGGCAAUGGGGCACAGCAAUGUUGUUGUCGGCAUCACCGGAGGAAUGCCCGGCAUGGGCAUGGGAACAGCAGCUGUUGCUCCACCUACUGGUGGCCACAACAUGACCAUGGGCAUCACGCUGGGCGUGGUGACGCCACGCGAACCGCGCACUGAAUCCCCCGACAAUGAUUCGGCCUUCAGCGAUACGGUCUCGCUGCUGUCCAGUGAAUCCUCCGCCUCGUCCAACACCUCAACACAGCAGCAACAGCAGCAGCAGCAGCAACAGUUGCAGCUGCAACAGAAGCUCCUUCAGCAGCAGCAACAUCAUCAUCAGACUGUCACAGGUGGCGGCAACGUUGGCAUCUCCAAGGCAGCCAAAAUACAGCUGGCGCUGCACAAACUGGAGAGCGCUUCGAUUCGUCGACUGUUUGUCAAAGCGUUCACAGCGGAUGGCGCCUCCAAGUCGCUGCUCGUGGAUGAGCGCAUGGUCUGUGGCCAUGUGACGCGACUGUUGGCCGACAAGAAUCAUGUGCAAAUGCAGCCAACGUGGGCGCUCAUCGAGCAUCUGGGCGAUCUGCAAAUGGAACGUCUCUUUGAGGACCACGAGCUGCUGGUGGACAAUCUGAUGACCUGGAACUCGGAUGCCGGCAAUCGUGUGCUCUUCCAGCAGCGUCCGGACAAACUUUCGCUCUUCGCCAAGCCCGAACUAUAUUUGCCGGGACCGCAGAUGGCGCCGGGAUGUCAGCAUGACGAUCAGACGCGUCACAUGCUGCUCGAAGAGUUCUUCGAGACGCACGCUCAGCUGCAGCUUGAGGGACCGCUGUACAUGAAGGCGGAUCCCAAAAAGGGCUGGAAGCGACAUCAUUUCGUGUUGCGUUCGUCGGGUCUGUACUAUUUCCCCAAGGAGAAGACGAAGAACACACGGGAUCUGUUGUGUCUGACGCUGUUCAGUGGCCACAAUGUGUACACGGGCAUCGGGUGGCGCAAAAAAUGGAAAUCACCAACGGAUCACACAUUUGGCUUCAAGUCUGCGGUGGAUUCGUCGCUGGGUAAAUCGUGUCGCUCCCUCAAGAUGCUUUGCGCCGAGGAUGCGGCCACGUUGGAGCGUUGGCUGACGGCCAUACGCAUCUGCAAGUAUGGCAAACAGUUGUGGCACAAUCACAAGCUGCUCAUGGAGGAGCUGACUGCUGGUGGCGGCGGAGGAGGAGUAACCAGUGGAGGUAUAAGCGGGGUAGCUGGCAGCUUUGCAGCCUCAAUGCGCAGCGAAUCGAUUAGCAGCAUUUCGUCGGCGGUGCCAUCGCAAUGCGGCAGCGUCUCCUCGGCCAUCAGCAGCAUGUCCAACUCGAGUGGCCGGAUCUCGCGUGCCUCCAGCUCCAGUUCAAGCGGGUGUCUGUCGGAUGAGAACAACGCCUUCGAUUCGGAGUUCACCACGGGCACGAUUAAGCGCAAACCCUCGAUGAAACCCAAUCUGCCGCUGACCACGAUGACGCGUCAGCUCAAGGAGGUGGGUGAGAUCACCACCGGACCCGUGGCUUCCUCCGCGGCAGCUUCUGCUGUCGAUUCAGCUGCUUCGCCCGAGCGCAGUGGAACGCUGACACGUCGUCACAGUCGUCGCAAGUCGCAGGAGAGCAACGGCAGCAGCGGGGGCACCCUAAAGCGACGUCCCGUCGUCGUUGUGCCCGCCGUGGUGAAGCGCGAAGUGUCCGCCAGCGACAAUGGCAGCCAAAGUGGAGGAGCCAACGGCGGCGGCGGCGGCGGCGGCGGCAAUUCAUCCUCGUCGAGCAACUCGACGCCAACGCCUACGCCGAGCAUUUGUGCCAAACCGCCGCCUGGAUUGACGGACGUCGAGUUGAUGUGCUCGUCCACGUUGUCGCUGGACUCGCUGCCACCGCCGCCGCCACCGCCAGCGUUGCACGCCGACGAACAAGAUGUGUACGGAUCACAGUUGUCGCUGGCCUCGUUGCCACCGCCACCGCCGCCCGAAGAUGUUUUGGCCUAUGGCGAACAGCCGAGCACGCCGCUAACGCCUACACCCAUGUCCAUGGGCAUGGGCAUGGGCCAUGGAGCACAUCCUUUGAGCAUGGCCAACAGCAAUGGCACGCUGCCACCCGCUGUGCCCGCCAAGCCCAUCAAGCCGGCCGUGAAGCAAACGCUCAAAGCGGCGCCGCCAUACAAAGCGCCACCCGACUAUGUGGGACCAGCAGCAACUGUCGGAGCAGGAGCUGCAGGUGGAGCACCCUCUGCAGUCGCACAACACCAGCACCAGCAGCAGCAACAGCAGCAGCAGUUGCCACCGCCACCGGCGCCGGUGCAGAAGAAAGUCUCGUUUGCCGAUUCGCCAGUGUUGCUGCGUCGCAAGAUGUGCUCACCGGAACCGCAGCUGCCGCAGCGUUCACCGAGCACCACGCUCAGCUCUGGCUCAAGCAGCUGCAGCUACCAUCAGCCGCAGUCGCAGCCGCAGCCGAUCUAUUCACCCGGUCCGUUGUUGCCACCGCGCAGCGAUCUCUCACGGCUGUCGAAUGGCAGCGAUGUGAUGUCGGCCACCACAUCGCCGAAACGUUUGCAGGAAUCGGCAUCGAAUCCGCCGCGUGACUUCCUCAAGGAUCUGCAGCGAGUGAUGCGCAAGAAGUGGCAGGUGGCGCAGAAAUGCAAACUGGAGCCGGCGACAACGCCGCACGAGGUGCUCGGCUUUCGGGAUUUCAACAAUGAUGAUCUACUCGCCGCCCACAAUCUCAACUCGGGAGCUAACUCCUCGCACUAUUAUCGCGAGACGGCGAAUGUCUCGCAUUGGGUGCAAGAGCACUGCGAGUAUGCGCACAACGAUUAUGCGCUCUACGAGAAUGUGCAUGCCCAGAAUGGCAACGGAAAUGGAAGCGGUGCCACUGCUGUUGGAGGAGUUGCUAUGACAACAACAACCACCACAGAUGGACCACCGCCAGUGCCACCGCCAGCUGCAGUGGCUGAUGCAACGGCAGCGUUGCGCAAAAAGCGGCCACCGCCGCCACCACCAAAGCGCAGCGAUUCAACGCAUCUGACGCAUCGCGUUUAGGAUUGAGAUGAACAGCCACUUGUGGUCAGCAGUUCUCUCUCCUUCGAACUGGAUCUCUACUUUCAAAUAGAUCCACACACACACACAAAACGAAUAUAGAAAAGAAAACUGCCGGAUAUGGGAAAGGAAUAAGGUAUAUGGAUUCAAGAAUAAGGAAGACACAACAUCUCCGUCUGCAUCUAUUUGCUUCCUCAGCAUUCGGCGGUACUAAAAUUUCUACGCGUAUUUAAACUUAAGUGCAAAAAACAAAACAAAACAAAACCGAAAAAACAAACAGAAAUUCCUAUCGAAGAGCAAAAAAACAAACCCUAAAGUUUAGAUUAUAAGGCAUAGGCGUGGCCACGCCCACUUCUCAAGUAUUAUAUCAAUCAGUUCAGUUUAUUAGUUGUUUUAUUUCUAUUUCUUUUUAUAUAUACGCUCUUUUUUUUAUCCUUUAUGUAAGCAGCGGCAAAUGUGCAUUUCUCAAAUGUUAUGCAACUCGAAGUUUAGUUACUAAACAAUUUUUUAUAUGGUGCGCUAAAUUAUUCUACAUAUAUUUUAAUGUAAAUCAAUUUUCAAUACUUGUAUGCAAUUUAUUUCUUACGAAUCGAAUCGAAUCGAAUUAAUGUCUAUCAAUACUUUUAUCAUACAUUUAUUUCUCGAUUUAAUUUUUAAUGUUUGCCUAGCAAACGCAUAUUUUAAACAAUUUUAAUUCGACAUUUUUUUGUUUUAAAAUUUGAAAUUUAUGGGCUGCCACUAAAUUGUUUAAGUCGUAAGCUGAUUUUAAGUAUUUCUGUAUAUUUUCACUUUGAUCACUUUUUGUUACAUUUUUUAUUCUCGAAAUUUUUGUACAACAUUUGCCGCGCACACAAAUCAUUCGAAUAUUUCGAAUACAUUUUAACAUGCAAUUACAAAAUUUAAAUAAAUUAAGCCACAUUUUAGACUUAGAUCGAGCCACAAUGUUUUUUGUUUAUUUUGUAUUAUAUAAAUAUAUAUACAUAUAUAUAAAUAUCUAUCCAUAUAAAUACAUAAAUACAAUUCAUUAGAAUUUUGUCUAAUUUGCAAAUUAUUAAACAUUUUUUUGUUUUUUUUUUUGUAUUGUAUUAUCGUAGUUAACAAUUUUUUUUUAUGAAUGUGGCGCAUUUAAUGCGCUGAGCGAGAAAUGAGAAAAACUACGUUGCAAGCAAGCCUUAUACAACUAUUAAUCAAUUAAUGCAUUAAACAUAAUAAUAAUAAUAUUAACAACAACUAUAAUUAAGUCAAUAUACAACUAUGUAAAGUAAGCGCAUAUAUACGUAUAUACAUAUAUAAAGAUAGAUUCGUAAGUCAUUAAAAAAAAAAAACUCACACACACACUUAGAGAAUGUCAUUAAAUUUGCUUUCGCUUUGAAUAAUACGCUGCCUUUAUGUUUUGGAAUUGUAAUUGUAAUUGUACUUACUGCAUAUCAAAUCAAAUACAGAUAUUGCAGCCAGAUAACUACAUUUAGAAUAUCAAUAUAGUUGUGCAUAUACAUAUAUCUAUAUAUAUAUAUAUAGAGAGAGAUUUCUAAGUACUAUUUGCAAUGCUAAAUGGAAUUUUUGUUGUCUUUCUUUUGUUUUAUUUUCCGUUUUUUUUUUUAAUCGCUUUACAGGCGUUCCUAAUGAUUCUAUCUGAAUCUGAACAAUCAGCUUAAAUAGAUAGAUCAGAUAUAGAUGAAAAGAAAACACACACACACAAUACGAAACAGAGCCAAAAUCAAUUGCUAUCAUUGUAAACUUUAAAUCAUAAUGCAUAAUUGUAAACACGUAACUCAAUUGCCAUGUUUAGUUUCACAUUUUGUUGUAUAAUUUUAACAUAAAACAAAUCGAAUCAGAGCAAAGCGAACAAUAUAGAAAAGUGUGACAGCAAUUAAUUGAAAGAUGAGAAAAUCUACAUAUAUGGACAUAUAGACUAUAUAGAUACUACUGAGUUUAUUACGAAUACAUUGGAAGUGCUGCCUGAAAAAAAAAAAACAAAACUUAAACUUGGGUAUCUAUAGUAAGAGCAAUAUCAACUUUUAUAGAUAUAAUUCGAUACUAUACUCGGCGUUAAUCCCUAAGGGAUUUUUAAAGAAACAAAUACUUUGACAUUGUCUGAUCCGUUGGCAACUAUAAAUUAUAUCAAAUGAAAGCAAUUGCAUCAAAUUCCAGCCACACACAACUCAACUCAAGUAAAAGAUAGAUCUAAUCUAUAGAAAUUAAAUAUGUAUCUCAAGGUUUAAAGGCAGCACUUCUUAAGGCAGUUAAAGUCCAGAUAUCAACUUGAUUAAUUGUCUAUCUAUGCAAAAUGAUUUCUGUAUUAUUUGCUCCGAUUCGAUUUGUUUGCUAUUUAAUAAAAAGAAAAGUAAUAUAUACAAUAUACAUACAUAUAUAUUAUAUAAUAAAUGCUAUUUAUGAUCAUCUUUUGAGUUUAUUUUUGUACUUCUUGUUUUGUUUGUCAAUUGCCAUUUGUCAUUUGUCAUUCAUUCAUCAUUACAAACUAAAAGUAAGUGUAAUGUGUAAUGUGGGUAUGCAUAAAUAAACUAAAUGAAAAAUGCCAAUUUUAAAGCUUGCAUAAAACAUUAUUGAAUUUAUUAUAUAAAUACAUGAAGCUAUUUUUUAGAUACUAUUAUUAUAAUUAUUACAAUUAUAUAGUAAACAGUAAACGGAUGAGAAAAUAAACAAUCUAAAUAAAUAAAAUAAACGCUAUGCUUGAGAAAAUUUCAAAAACAAAAACAAAAACAAAAAAUGUGCCAUAGGCGCCAGCGUGACAAACAAAUUCAAAACAAAAAAGAUUAAAGUGAAAGUAAGAAAAAUAAAAAUGAAUGGUAACAUUUUGCGAGAAUGCUAAAUCAAUGUACUAAAAAAUAAAUAUAUAAAUACUAGCAUAAGUUAUACUAAAUGAAUCAAAAAAACGACAACAAACAUUUUUAUAGCAUAAAUCUGAGAACGAACCUAAAAACAGAAAACAGAAAACACAAAUUUCAAAUACUUUAAGUAUGUGCUUACUAAAUGGUUUUUAUGGAAAACAGAAACUUAUACAAAAUACAAAAACUUUUUCAAAUUACAAUCUCAUUAUUGGAUUUUGAAAUAGUUAUGAAAUUUUUUAAAUAUUUUUUUUUUUUGUUUACAGUUUACCCUUGAAACUUUGUUGGAACUUAGCUGAAUAGCUGAAUCUCGAACAGGUUUUUCCUAGGGAUUGUGUUGAUAUUAACUAUAUCAUCCAACUGCUCUAUAAAAUAUUUGCGAAUCUCAAAUCAAAACUAUUUAACCACAAUACAAGGGUAUUAAAUCUUUGUCUUUUUGUUUUACGCUUUAUUGUACCAAAAUGGAAUUUUUGAUAGUAUUGUCAACCUCAAAUGGAAAUCAAACAAAAUGCAAUAUACAGCAAAUCCUAAGUGAAAUAAGGUCAAAAUAAUAAAUAAAAGAUAAUCGAUUCUAAAACAAAAAAUGCAGCCACAUACAACAAAGAAGAGACUUCAAACAAAACUUAAAAUAAAUAAAUACAAAAAUAAACAACAUCAUUACUAAUAUCUAAAAACUAAGAAAAAAUAUUAUAUAAAUAUGUAUGCUAUAACUACAAAUUUACAAAAAAAAAAACAACAAUAACAAGAUGAAGAACAAAAACAACUACAACUACUAUAACUAAUUAAACAUAAAUGAGAAAGAAAAAUGAAAAAUGAAAAAGAAAAGAAAAAGAAAGCAAAUACAAGAAAUUUUUUGCAGGUCUAUUAUAUAUAGUAAACAAUGUUGCCAUUUGAUACGAUUUUUUUCCAACAAGACAUUUGAUAUAUAUACAUAAAUAUAUACCUUAUAUUCCGAUUAAAAAGGAAUUUUUGUAAUUUUGAUAGAAACAUUAAAAACAUAUAAAAAAAAAAAAACAAACAAAAAUAUAAAAAGCACAAACAAGGAAAAACUGAAAUGAAAAUGUGUUACAAAAAAAAUGAAAUAACAAAAGAAACAAAAA